CUAAUUAAGCCAACCUGGGUGCUGAGUGCCGGCAGAGCUGAGGCAUUCUCUCCCCAUCUUCUUCCAGGAGCCAUGUGGGGCGUGUGGGAGAAGCCCAUGGCCUUUCCGGAGAGGAGACCCUCCUGGCUGGUGCUGCAAAGAGGGUUGGAGUUGCAGGUGGAUGAGAAGAGGCAGCCCUUGAAAAGCAAGGAAAACAAAGGAGCCUUGAAUGGGGAGAAAGGCUCCAGGAAGAAGAAAGCUCCCGGAAGCUAUGACAAGGAACGGGCGCCCGAAAAGCCAGGGGCUGUUGCUUGCCGGAUGCCAGCAGAGCCCCCUUUGCAGAGAGGGGUUCCUGCCUCCGAGUCCCUUGUGGCGGAGCUCUGUCAGGCCCUGCGGAGGAUGAACAUGAGCCUGGAGAGGGACGACGUCUCCGACCUCUUCAGCAGCAUGAGGAAGCUGCCCCCUUACACGUUCCAAGGGUCUGACCUGCCGCGCUCUGUGACUGCUGAGAUGCGUGCCCUCGUGGUGGACUGGCUGGUGCAAGUGCAUGAAUACCUGAACCUGGCCGACGACACGCUCUACCUGGCCGUCUACCUCAUGAACGCCUACAUGAAAGCAGGCAAGGUGCGCGUUUCCGGCCUCCAGCUCCUGAGCAUCACCUGCCUCUUCCUGGCUUGCAAGGUGGAAGAAAGCGUUUGCCCAGAGCCAGCCCAGCUCUGCUUCAUGACCGAGGACUCGUUCAGCCGGAAGGACCUCCUGCGCAUGGAGCGCAAGGUGCUGGGGGGCCUGAAGUUCCGUCUGCAUUACGCCGCCAACCCCGUCCACUUCCUCCGCCUGAUGGCAGAAGUCGGCCGCUGCCCCUUGGAGGUCCGGUAUUUGGCCCUCUAUUUCCUGGAGCUGUCUCUGAUGGAGGUGGACUGUGCGCAUUUCGAGCCUGCUCGGCUCUCGCUCGCGGCCUUGCGCCUGGCACAGAGGCUGUUGCUGCAGGAGGCCGGCCCCAAGGAUGGGAAAGCGCUCCAGGAAGGCCCCUCCAAGCUCCACCUGUACAGUGAGGCCGAACUGUCGGCCGUCUAUCCUUACAUGGCCAAGGCUGCCCUGCAGGGACCCAGCUCUGCCUUUCAGGCCACCUUCCUGAAGUACUCUCGGCCCCAGAAGCUUUGCAUCAGCACCAGCCCCGCUAUUGCUGCCUCGGAGUUCUUGAACCGCUGCCUCGGGGCCCCUGCUCCUUGAAAGAGGAUUGCUCUGGCUGGACACCCUUCCAGCGACGGGUCGAAGGCUGGCCAAGGACCCUUGCCCUGGCUGCCAUGAUGGGCAGGUGGACAGGGGACUCAUGGAGGCAAAUUCCGUUGCCACAAACUCACCAGCCUGGGUGAGUGUGUAGCCUUCGUUGUGUUCCUCUCUCUUCUCUUCCUCUUUUUAUUUCUUCUGUUUCGGCUCUCUGUGCCCAUGUGUCUCUUUCCUCCCUGCUCAGGUCCUUCUGCUUUUUCUCUCCUUCACUUCUUGCCUUUGAGCAAAACUGGGCCAGGAGGUCUGAGGACCACUUCUCCUUGUGCACCCCUUUGAAUCGCCCCAGGAUGGCUUUUAAAAAAGAGAAUCAGGAACUGUAAGAAAAAGCCAGCUCUGAAAAAUGUUUAAUAAAGUGUUUUACUCUCUUCUUGAA